CCUCACUAACCGGCUGAGGGCCGCUUUCCUGACAGGAACAAGAAGUAAUCAUGAUGCUGAGGUCUGGGAAUGUGAAGUUCGGCCCUACCCCGGCAGAACAGGCGGAGAUAGACCGCAGAUUGGCCGAGAAGAAGAAGGAGAAGGAAAUCAAAAAGAAACAGAAAGAAGAAGAGAUGGAGAAAAUGAAAGAAGAGAGAGAAAGACUGGAGAAGGAAAUGAAGGAGAAGGAGAAGAAGCUCCAAGAAGAGCUGCAGAGAAUUGAAGAAGAAGAGGAAGAGGAAGAAGAGGAGGAGGAGGGGGAAAGAUUGCAAAGACAACGCACAGAAAGAGGGGAAAGCAGCAGCGGCACGCAAGGCAUUGCAAUCGAGCUCAACCCCAUGAACAAGCUUGACCAGUUUGGUUACAAGACUGUAAUGGCAGUCGAAUCUGAGGAAGAAAGAAAUGCUUUUGUUGCAAAACUAGCUGCUAUACCAGACCCGGGAGAACGAGAUUUGCUAAUUGCAGAACGAAAAGCAGAAUUGAAUAACCGGAUGGUAGCAUCAAAUCGGCAAGAAUUUGAAGAAAAGAAAAGGUUGAGAGAAGAGGGGGAGAGGUUGCAAAAACAAUUACGGGAACAGAAACCGGACGCAGCCACAGAAGAACGCUUUGCCCUCCUCACAAACACCCUCCUCCAUACCAACAGGCAGCUCGAUGCGUUGGUAAAGACCGUACAGAAGUUGGARAAUCACCAGUUUGAGUUUGAAGGAGUGUGGAACAACUUCUUGCAGCGCUCAGCGCAGGAAGUUGACCAGCACAUGGUCACGUGCAUCCAGAAACUGGAUGAACAGCURACCAAGCAACUGAAGGAUUCCGCCGUAAUGAAGAAGGUGUUGAGUAGAGGCGGAGGAUAUGGAGACGAUGGAGAGAAUGGAGAUGGAGACAAUGAUAAGAAAGGCAAGGGAGAUGGGGAUUCGAAAGACAAGCUUUCAAAGGAAACCGGGCAGGUCAGCAAGAUAAAGCUGAAAUUGCCGUGGACCUACAAUGGGAAAAAGGAUGAGAGUGUUUUGCAUUGGGCGGCGGCGAUCGAAACGUAUGUGUAUGGACAGCGCAUUCCAUACUGGGACAGGGUGCUAAUGGCGACGUCAUGCAUGGGGGGCGAUGCUAUGAGCUUUGUCAUCUCGCUGCAAAAGGAGGCGGGGUGCGGCUCGAUGGUGGAAUAUUCGCAGCGCACGCGGAUUGAGGACUUUUUGAAAAUGGUGAGAGAAAGAUUUGAGGAUAAGAACUUGGCAAGACCAACCGAAAUGCUGAUCCUCAGCCUCCCUGACCGCAAAUGGAAGAGCACUUCUGCCCUGAAAGCAACAAUGGAUGAAUUACUGCAAUGCCCCGACCACGGACUGACACCGGCCCAAAUCCUUAACAGUUUCGCACGAGCACUCCCGGAUCCCCUGCGCACACAACUCUAUCCCCGCACGAAAGAGGACGGCAUGACAUAUGAGAAGUUCGGCAAGAUCGCCAUCGAUCAUGCCGGCUUCCUCGCCGAAGCGAAUUAUUGUCAUUACUGGAAGGAUCUGCAAGCGGGACGGAAGUGGCAAAACCGCACUAUCUCGGGGUCUAUACUCGGGAAAGACAGUCUCCUUCUGACCUUUGAAGAAGGAGGCGCCGAGACCAUCUCCUGGGACCAAGUGGACUAUGGUCUUGACGAACCCAACAGACCGGUAGCUCAGGAGGGGAGUUACGCGGCUGUUGCAGCCCGCGGGGGAGGGCGUCAAGGAAGAGGGCGCGACCGAGGAAGAGGAGGUCGUGGCCGUGGUGGACGAGGAUUCGGCACCCAGAGGGGUGGUGGCGACGGGAGCCACUAUGUGGGAGGAAGGGGAAAUGGUCCCUUGCAAGGUGGCCGUGGUUCUUAUUCCACCUGGGGAAGAGGACGAGGCACAUGGUACAACAAGUGGGACAAACCGUACCCACCACAUCCGGGCCUACCCGAGGGUGCUAUACUCCAGCAAGAUGAUGGGCAUGGAUACAGGCCUGUGGAGUUUAUGUCUUGCCGAUUACCCAACGAGAAGGUAGCCGCUUCAACGUAUGAACGGGAGUUGUAUGCUCUUCGCGAAGCUCUCAAUCAUUGGCGACACUAUCUUCUAGGCAGGCAUUUUAAGGUGUACAUGUGGGAUCUCGGAGUUCACCAAGGUAUAAGCACGACUUCACUAAACAUGCAGACUAAUGUGGGCGGGAUGGGUGGCCCUGGCAUGGUAGGGCACGGGAUGGCAGGUCAGGGUUUGACUGGACAAGGGAUGGCUAGCCCCAUGAUGGGGCAAGGCAUGCCCGGAUCUCCCCUGGCUGGACAGAACAGCGGCCCAGCAGCGUACGGGACCGUUACAUGUUUCAUAUGCGGAAAGACGGGGCAUUACUCUCACAAUUGCUCGCAAGCGGCGAGUAAGCAGCGGCCGGAAGAAGAUCAGGAGAUGAAGGAGCUUUUGCGUAGGAUAGUGAAGAGGGAGAAGGAAGAGGAGGAGAAAAAGCAGCGAGAGAUCGAGGAGGCAAGGAGGAAAGAGGAGGAAGAAAGGAGAGAAGGAGAGAAGUUACGAGACGAAGAAGCAAGGAAGGCGCGACUAGAAGCGACGAUAGUGAAGAUUUUAACACAACGGAAGUUGGCGAUACAGAUACCAACGGUUAAGCAGCCAUCGGCAGAUUCAAGAAAGCGGUCUCCACGGACCAAGGCGCGCAUGAUCCAAGAGAUCAGGAACUACAUCACAGCGUCCGACGACGAAAGUGACGAAGUACGAGACGAGACCGAGAAGCUGGUUGAGACAUUGGAGAAGCGGAAGAGGAAGAAUAAGAACAAAUCACCAAUCGUAAGUAAGACUACGAGUCAGACGGUGAGGAAGAAGACAUUGCAGCGGAGGGGGAAAGCACAAGUGACGGAUGAGGACGGUAACGACGAAGGUUUCUUGACUCCUAAGAAGGUGGGCCCUGCGGGAGGCUCAAGUGAGGAAUUGAUUGAGUAUGCACUCUCUCAGACACGCGCGCUGAGUGCCAUGAAAGCGACAGAGCUUCGCAGGAUCUGGGAUCAGGAGGGAGUUAAGUACGUAGUCAAGGAGCAAGCUAUAGAGCAAAUUGCACGCUGCAGGACCAAACUCGCAUAUGAAGGAUUCUUCGAACGAUACGAGCAGCCGACGCCAAUACGGAAACCAGGAGGGGUCGAGAUCAAGGAUGUGUGAUGAUGGUAGACAGCUUACCUCAUGGGCCGCGACAACACGUAUCCAUGAGCUCUUUUUGGGGAGGGGGAAGAGGGAGGCGUCCGGAGCCCAUCCAUUGCUACGUAGAGAUGAGGAGAAUCAGCUGGCCCUGUUGGUUCUGCUGUUGGUCGUCCGGGGGCACGUACCAUGGAUGAGGAAGAUUAUGAGGUAUGUAGAUCCGCACCGGGUAGAUACCAAUCAGCCCGGCGUGUAUGCAGUGGUGAGUCCCUUUUGUAA